AUGGUUUUCUCUCCGCGUUCGUCUGCGUCUGACUCGUGCUCACCCGCUUCCACUUCUUCCUCUGUUACGUUCGCUUCUGGGGACGCUCCGCAAAGACGCCUGGAAGACAGCAACCCGUCAGGGGUUUCUUCCCGUUCGCCGCUGAAAGGGACGCCUGAGCGUGUGUCACGACACGAGGUCUGUUCAGAGGGUGCUUCGUCGUUCGGCUUUCUCGCGACCUAUCGCACAUCGACUGCCUCGGGUACCUCGUCGGUGUCUUCUGAGUGUCCCUCGCCGACUAGCGAAGCGCAUGCAGACAAAUGGGCGACGAACGGCGCGCGGGCGUGCCUGUCUCCCAGCUCGAGCCGCAGGAGAGGAACAGCCGCAGUGGUGUCCGUCUCUGCAUCAUGUCGCCACCCACCGGCUGAGGGGGAAAACGAAGUCGGGUGCGCGCACUUCAACUCUUCCUUUCUUUUCCCGCUGUCGCACUGCGGCUCGACUGUGCGAUCUGUGAGCUCAACCACGGUGCCUCCGUCACCGUUCCGGACUUCCUCCUCACCCUUCCCUUCCUCGGAAGAUGACGCCGGCAAGUGUACGGAGACCCGAGAGGCUCCACUCGUUGGGUACCAUCAGGGCGGGGCGGACGCGACGCCUCGCCGUGCUGGGGGCCACCUGGAAAGCGCAGAGCAGCCCACCGUCCACAAAGGGAGCAUCGAGACCAUCUCCCUGUCUCGAGUGUCAUCUGUCGAAUGCCCGAGACGGUCGCGCGCCUCUCCGAAAGCGCAUCUGGAGCGCCAAGCGGAGACCAGCUGGUUUUCUUCUUGUCAGAGAUCGACAGACGGGGCAGCAUGGCGACAGCGAGUCGACCAGACGUUUCGGGAACAGGGACUUGCAGACUUGUUUGGAGCUUGUUCGGCCGAACCGCAGCACGGCAACGCUGCGGAUUUCGAGGAUUCAGCGGCCGUGUCGCGUCUGUUCGUUCGGGACUCUGCCAGCCUCUUUGCGGACGUCGCUCGAACUUGGAAAAUCAUCUCGCCGUCUGUGGGCUGCGUGUGCCUGUACCUCGUUGUCUCCCCUCUGCUCGCCUUCUGCAACAAGCUCCUGUAUCUGCCUUCGCUCUCGUCGUCGCCCCUCACUUGCACCAUGCUUCAGCAGAUCCUGAUCGUCCUCGCCUUUUGUGCAGCCAGACGGAUGUACACCUGGGGGCGCCGUCGCCCUACCGGGAAGCGGGCAGAGGAGGCGCAUGCACGGAGCAGUGCCUCCGAGAGAGAGGCUGAGGGAUCGCAUGCCGGCUACCACUCGUCUACACUGCUCGCCAAGACGUUGGCAAAGGCCUCGCGCGCGAGGCGUCGCACCUCAAAGGAAGAAAACGAAGAUCAGGCGAGACCCUGUCAGGCGACGCACACACGGGAACAGGAUCGAAUGGACAGGAGGAAACGUUGGCGUCGACGACGAGCUGAAGGACUUGGAGGAGACGACACGCUCGACACAGCGGAGAAGGACGGCGAGCAGAUCUGGAGCGGAUUCGUCUUGAGACCUCGCGGCCGCAUUCUCGACCGUUCCUCUUCGGAAGAGCCAGUGUCUCUUGUCGCACGUUGCCGUCGACUCGUACGCGCCGUUGCCGGCGCGUUCGGCCCCUGUCUCUCAAUACGAAACGGACAGGCACAAGUGAUGAAGCACCUUUCCAGUGUCCCCCGUUUCUCGAAAGAAAUGUUUGAGAUGUGUGGACCGGUUGCCUUGCCCUACACGCUCAUGCUGGCGUGCUCAAACAGGUGUCUGUACACCUCAUCGCUCUCGGGGUACCACGUCGCUCGGUGUUCCUCCAUUCCUCUGCAGCUCCUUUUGGACGUUCUUGGUGUGGAUGUUCGUCUCUCGCACAUGGUUAAAAAACAGGGUGAGGCCGACGGUGCCUCGCUCCAGCAGCGCGUCGUGAAGGCAGGAAAUGGAGAGAGCGACGGGGAAACGGAGCACAUGCAAACCGCAGCGACGGACGAGACGGAUCACCAGAGUGCCGCCGUUCAACGCGUCAAACUUGGUGAUGAGACAUGCGCCCCUAGCGCCCGCAGGAAUCCUGUCGCCCCCCCCGGUCGCGAGACACCAGGGGAGGCCUCCCAGACGGUCGCGCCUGGAUGGAGACACCCAGAUCGCGCCUCGACGUUUCCCUCUGGAUCCCUCCAGUCUGGAGGGAGUUCCACAGCUGCAAAUGGACAAGGUCACCAGUCUCUGUCUGAUUUUCUCUGCAGACGGAUGCCUGGAGGCCCAUGCCCAUCGCGGACUGCAGGCGGAGCGCAUGCAGCCGUCGAGCGAGGACCUCGUCGGCUGCGCGUGAGAUCUGUCUGUGCCUCCCUCUUGCUCUGUUUCAGUCCGUUUUUCUCUUCGACCUCGCUCCGGCAUCUGUCGUCUCGCCGCAGCCUCCAGGCGCGCCUCCGGGAGCUCGGGGUGUCGAGCCAGCGGCUAGCUGCCUGCACAUGCAUUUCCGUAGGCUUCUUCUGCCUCGCCAUCGACGGGCAGAAACUGUCUCUUGACGGCGCGUUGAUGGGCCUCGGCGCGUCGCUGUUUGGGACUCUUUACAUGCAACUCAGCAGCCAUCUGCUCCAGCGUGCCCGCGCUCACCGAACAAAGAAGACACCCGCUGCCGCCGGAGAACGGAGCGCGCGACGGUCUCCGGCUGACAGAGUGGCUGAGAACGCACACCCUCAGACCGCAGUGCCCCGCCCCCAGAGCAGUGAGGCGGAGGCUUCUGACAAAGACUUCGCUUCAGACACUGAGCCGGGCGUCCGGUCCGACGCUUCGGCCAGAGAGGAAAUCGACCUCCCAUCUGCAAGGGGCGUGGACCGUCGGCAGGCCACACGGGAUGUUUGGCGUACUGCUCGUCGGCGGCGAGUGCACCAAAGCGCCGGAGAGCCUCGAACGUGUGAGGAGGCGGUGGAUGCCAAAGAGAGAUUUGCCAAGGACCAAAGUCGUCUUGAAACGGGCAUGGCUCUACACACAGCAGCCACAGCUGCGCUUUUGCUCUCUCCACUGGCAUUUGCGGAGCAAUUGUGUUUCUCCGAGCAGGCAGGGAUCGAGGCUGCAGCCGCCUCGGCCAUCUCUCCCGUUUCUUUGGGUGGCUGGGACUGGACACGGCUAGGAACCUUCACCGCACUCCUGCUCUGUUCGGGGCUUCUUGCGUCGCUGAUUCCUCUGACCUCGUACUUUUGUUUUCGUCACCUGUCGCCUUUGUCGUGCUGCAUUGUCGGAUUUUUUAAAAGUUCCGUGCAGAUUCUCGUUUCGCCUCUUCUUCUCGGAGAAGCGCGCCCGUCCCUCGUUGCGUGUUUGGCAGCAAACCUCUGUCUCCUCGGCUGCGGGAUCUACGCCCUCGAUUCGUGCCGGUCGAUGACCAAGCAGUUCAAAGAAGGCGAGAGGUGA